AUGGCAAGCUCCCCCAGCAAGUCCCUAUAUACUACAUUCGACGACGACGCACAAAUGAAGAUCACAGUAAACCUGGGCGGAUACACCACACAGGUCCUGAUAGACUCAGGAGCCCAAGGAAACUUUAUCGCACCCCGAAUAGUGCAACAGCGAGAAAUACCAUGGAAUCAGAAGCAAAACCCUUACCGACUAAGGAAUGUGGAAGGGAAAGAAGUCGAGUAUGGCGGAGGCAGCAUUGAUCAGGAGACAGCGCAACUCCCUUUGCUCUACCAUGGCCAUCAGGAGCUUAUCAGCCUCGACAUCACGGAGAUAGGAAACCACGACGUUAUCCUCGGAAUUCCAUGGCUACGAAGACAUAACCCACAAAUCGAUUGGGUUACCGGCCGAAUAAAAUUCAAUCCAGCCUCUGAGAAGCACUCGACGAAGGCCUCAUGCGGAUUACUAGCAGCAACCAGAGCAAGACCACGCCUGAUGCUAAGGAUAAAAGACAUUGGCACUAGGACGCUAGCAGCCACGACGAUUGACAAAGUCACGGAAGAUCCAAUGUCAAAGAUACCUGUUGAAUACAGGGUCUACAGCAAACUCUUUGCACCAGAACUCGAGACCGGAUUACCGGAACACAGCAAGUGGGAUCACAAGAUCGAAAUUAAGGAAGGACACGAACCCACCUUUAACAAAAUAUACCUACUCAACCAAGAAGAAAUGAAAGCCUUAGACGAAUGGCUUGACGAAAAUCUUGCGAAAGGAUUCAUCAGACCUUCGAAAUCACCCGCAGGAUACCCCGUACUAUUCGUACCAAAGAAGAACGGGAAGAAAAGACUUUGUGUCGAUUAUCGACGACUCAACGAUAUUACGAUCAAAGACUGUUACCCACUGCCCCUCAUAUCGGAACUAAGAGACCUACUCUACGAGGCCUAA